GCUCGCAUUAAAUUCUCAAAAUAAUAGGGGAUUACCUAAGGAAUUUAAGUUUUUUAGUAGAAAACUAAUUUGGGCCGGCGUCAGCUAGGUGUCGGAAUUAUAAGACGUCCCCGCGGUUGUAGCCAAAAUACCAGUUCUGAGUCAUACAAUGUCAACAUUUAUAUAGAACCAUACUGGGUGGUGACAAUAGGCCAUAUUUUAAGCGGGACCGAAUGAAACCGCUUCCUUUCCAUGAGUCAGCAUUUCUACGUCCUCGACAAGAUCUACCUGUCCCUUUCAGAAAGAGUAUAUAACCAUUGAAGCCUCGCCUUAUCUCGAAGACUUGGAAGUCUUCGAUUUACAUUGCCAAAAAUAGUCACCAUUUUCAGGCAUAUUUCCUUGUCUAUAUCAACAAUGUCAAUGGUACAAUUCGAUGAACUCGCCGGCUUGAGAGCCUUUACUCGACCUCUAUCCGUAUCUGAUGUGGAGAGCUGCGUUGAGGUCGAGAGCGUAUUCCCGCCGCAAGAACGAUGCUCCAAGGAGAAGUUUGUCUACCGCCUCACAGUUUGCCCAGAGAUUUGCUUAGGGUUGUUUGUUGAGACGCCUGAGGAUGAAGGAACGCCUACUCUAAUCGGACAUGUGAUUGCGAACCGAGUCUCCCACGGAAUAACUGAUGGGUCAAUGGAACUUCCCCAAAACUGGAGUGGUGGCAAAGAUGUUGUUAUGGUUGAUGGACAGGUGAUUGGAAAUGACCCGAAUGGUCGUAAGAUCGGUGUCCAUUCGCUAGCAAUCAGGUCAGAGUACCAGGGCAAAGGAAUCGGAAGAGCCCUCAUGAAGGAGUAUAUCCAUUUUCUUCGAGGGUCCAACGAAUCUGCAGACAGUGUUGUACUCAUCACUUAUGAUCGUCUGGUCCGGUUUUACGAAAGCGUCGGUUUCAGAAACCUGGGAACAAGUUCUUGUACUUUCGGUGGUUUAGUUUGGAAUGCCUUGGUGAGUUUCCCGCAAAGCUCUCAAGGUAUAAUUACUCUCAUAUUGACAAGAUUCAGGAACUGAAUCUUUGAUUGCAUACACGACACCUGCUGAGAGACUGCUAUAGCUCCUUGGGGUUAAUGGGUGGGUUAUAUAUGCUGCCAUGAUAAAACAGUGCGGCGUCGAUAGAAUAUCAAAAGUUUCAAUGGAUUAAGAGGAGGUAUUUACUCAUAUGUUUUAUGCCAACAAUAGAAAACCCUGUUAGAGUUGUUGUCGCUACCCGGAUUCUGAGCCAAGG